UAAUAACGAAGAAAAUGAAAACAGAGAAAACGGAGAGAAUGAGAACUUGUUCUGAGAUGAGAAUGGAGAGAACGUCUUCUAUUGAGUUUGAGCCUUUAACUCUUACUCUUGAACAACUUCAGUUUGCAAGGGAGGCAGCAAUGUGUAUUUUGAGUACCAGAACAAUAGAAGAAGCUAUGGAGGUUUUCACUGAGGGUAUGCAACCUGUGUUUGGUGUUAAGAAAGAGAUGGAUUUGAUGGACUUGGAGUAUGAUGAUGGUGAGAGUGAGAAUGUUGGAGUGUUAAGGGAUUUGAGAGACAUUGUAACUGCCCCUUUUUAGUUAAGGCAUGCAUUUUCAGAGACUCCUUUUGUUGUUUCUUCAAUUCAAUGCUUAAUUUGAUGAAGAAUGUGUAUGCUUAUGUAUAUGUGAGUGUGUUUUUGUUCUUGUUUUUUUUCUGUUAA